AUGAGCAUUGAAGGGACAGAUCUUUGUGUCCUUUGUAACAAGGCAGAUGGUGGCGAAACAUCAACACUGAGGGAGAAAGGGUGUGAAGGGUUAAUGACAGCAAGUAAACUGAGAGGAGAUGAGCUAAACGUAGUUCCUGGGAUGGUUGUACAUCAAGAAUGCAGAAGAAAAUAUUGCCACCCGAACAGUCAGCGAACCGUACAAUGCAACGAAAAUCAGAUAUCAAGCCCAAGUACAAGACAAUCUUGUAAAAGUCGCUUUGACUUUCAAACUAACUGUUUGUUUUGUGGCAGCAAUGCAAAGUUCAAAGACCGUAAAAAGGGUUAUGGUGUGUUUCCUCUUAGAACUUUAGAAUUUCAGUCUAGUAUUAAAGAUAUUUGUAAAAAACGAUGUGAUGAGUGGGGUAAAAUUGUAUUGGGGCGCAUUGAGUUUGCACAGGAUCUCCCGGCUGUUGAGGCAAGGUACCAUCAGACAUGUUGUGCUAAUUUUAGGUCAGGAUGUAAUAUUCCUGUAUGUAAGCAGGAGCUUCUAGAACCAAGCAAAUGUAAGAAAGGUAGACCUACAAAUGUACUUGCUGAUUAUGCAUUUUCUGAAGUUAUCAAAUAUUUUGAGAGUAAUGCUAAUAAACAAAUGUCUUUGUCUGACCUUGUUAAUGAGAUGGAAAAACUUUGUGGUACAGAUGCCUAUAGUAGCGUUUACAUGAAGAAGAAACUUCUAGAACAUUUUGGAGAUAGUAUCAUGAUAUCUGAAUUAAAUGGGAAACCAAGUGUUGUGACAUUUAAAAGUAACGCUCAUGGUAUUCUUCAUUCUUUCUAUCUAUCACAGAAACGAGAACAAUGA